AUGGCAAAUGCGAGUGUCUCAGAGAAGCUGCUGGCCAAUGACCCCCUGCUCAACUCGACAGGGCUGACUGUUGCUAGCGACAAUGUCGUUGUAGCUCUUACUGCCGCAAUUUCACUGCUGGUGCAAGCGUUUAAUGCCAUUUUCGCGAUAGGAGGGAACAUAAUUUCCCGUAUAUUCUGGCAGAUAUUCAGAUUCUUCCUGCUGCGAGUACCUUCGUGGGUGGUAUUAUCAUCCAGUGUGAGCAUUACGCUUUCAUUCUCAACUUUGGUUCUGGCUCUUCUCUCCAUGAUGUUUGCUACAUAUUACGUUCUUCGAAGUCGAUUUCUCAAUGCAUAUGUGCGUUUGCAACCUGACGACAAUGACGAGAAACUACUCAAGGACAAGAAGCUUCGUGAUGAGACCGAAGCUUUGUUCAUGAGCAAAUCUGAGAGACACGGCAAAAACGGGUUUACCUCGUAUUUGGAUGAAUUUUUAAGCGCCAUCAAAAUCUUCGGCUACCUCGAAAAGCCAGUGUUUCACGAACUGACAAAAGACAUGAAGACUCGCAGACUCGAAGAAGGCGAAGUUUUACUCGUAGAUGAUACCCUUGGAUUCGCCAUUGUUGUCGAGGGCAGCUUGCAAACUUACCAUAAGGUACAACGUUCACCGAGCCAACUCUCGUCAGAUUUUCCAAAUUCGGCAAAUGUCAGCGAAGGCGGUAGUGAAGAUGAACUUCCUUCCGACUGCGACGCAUAUACUUUGAAUGGUGAAAAAUAUCAGCUUUUGAAUACUGUUAGAUCGGGAACCCCAGUAUCUUCCUUGGUCAGCAUUCUUAAACUCUUCACAGGCAGUAGCGAUCAAAGUCCCUUAAAUAGUUACGUGGGAAACUUUCCAUUGCGUGACGAUUCUCAUCGCAACCUUCUGUCACCUUUUCUCGAUUCUACACUGGAACGAUACAAGUCCGAUCUUGCCCGUCCGAUUAAGUCGCAAAAACCUUUUGAUUCAAACUUAGAAAGCGUGGAUUCUGAAGCAGCUUCGACAAGUGGUGACUAUAAUAGGCCAGAAGCUGGUACGGUGCCCGACAAUUCGAAUACCUACGAUAAUCUCUUACCCGAUAUUAUUGCUUGUGCUUCCAAUGACUGCACCAUUGCAAUUAUUCCGGCAUCCGCUUUUCGCAAAUUGACUUCAAAAUAUCCUCGCUCGGCCUCUCACAUCAUUCAAAUGGUCCUCACAAAGCUUUACAGAGUGACAUUUCAAACUGCACACAGUUACAUGGGACUCACAAGAGAGAUCAUCAACACUGAAGUAGUGUUGAACAAAUCUAAUCGCUUUGAACUACCCUACUACCUUAAAGAAGCUGCCAUUCGUAAAAUAAAGCAGCAAGAAGCACUGCAAGCGGGGACCAAAUCCGAUAAUGCGGUUAACUCAAGUAGCUCAAGAUCGAAAAUGACGGACAGCACUGGAAAACCCCGCAAAACUCCCCACAGUUUUUUACAGAGUCGCGGGUCCCGACAUGUCGUUUUAGAUUCCAGGGAUCAUUUGAACCCCGGUGACUUACUGUCAAACGUUCCUCUUUCCCGUAAAGAAAGUCUGGGCAUUCGUGGCGCUGCUGGUAGCUCCUUCUACCAAGCUGAUAGUGCAAGUUCUGCGAAGAGUGCCUUAAGCAUGAAAAACCCAUCUACUCAAACAGGCGCCCAGCUUCCUACGUUGUCGUCACCUAUUGAUCAACCAAUCCAAAAAAAUAAGAGCCUUAACAGUACAACAAUGAGUUCUGCCAACGAAGACGAUGAAAUUCGUGCAAGAACCUUUUCUGCUGUGCAGGAAGAAACCGAAGAAUCGUCCUGGCGAAUUGCACUUGUUGAAGGUAUGUUUUCUUAUCUUGGUAUAACGAAAGAAAACAUUCUACCUACAGCAGAAGAAGACAGCUCUUCUGCAAUUUUUGGUAGGUCUUCUGAGAUGUCACAAACGCCAUCAUCGCAAAUGGGACCUCCCUCUGCAUUGCGGUUGCUAUCUCCAGACCAAUUUAUUACUAGAAGAAGAUCUAAAAUCAAACAAAAGCCAGUCUAUAAGGAGGACGUUCCAUAUAAUAUUGAUUUUGACACGGUAAAAGACGAAUUUGCCCAAGGUCUCCAAAUGAUGUUUAUGCCCGAAAAUUCUAUCUUAGUGUCGCAAGAUAGCUACAAUAAAGGACUUUACUACAUCAUAUCAGGCACUAUAGAGGUCAUCUGGACAAACGAAGAAGACAGCACGGAACACGUUUUGUAUCUGGUGAGACCUGGAGGAAUCGCUGGCUACUUGGCGUCAUUGAUCGGAAGUAAGUCUUUUGUCACACUCAAGGCUAAAACUGACCUUUAUGUGGGAUUUCUACCAUCUCCCUUGCUUGAGAGGCUCUGUGACAAGUACUUCAUGAUAUAUUUGAGAGUCGCUGAGACUUUGACCAACUUCCUGAACCCGAAGAUUUUGAAACUGGACUAUGCUUUAGAGUGGAUUCAUCUUGAUGCCUCAGAGAUCCUUUUUCAUCAAAAUGAUCCUGCAAACGCCAUCUAUGUUGUACUAAGCGGAAGAUUGCGUCAACUCCAUCAAUCGGAUGACACUGAUCAAGAUUCGGCGGGAAAGAAGAACAGAAGGGAGCAGUCGCGUGACAAUCCCAAAGUUAGAGCUAUUAGAGAGUAUGCACAAGGCGAAAGCUUGGGAGAAGUUGACGUUCUGACGGCGAUUAAUCGAUUAUGCACAGUGGUAGCGCUGAGAGAUACAGAGUUAGCUCGUAUACCAAGAACUUUGUUUGAGCUAUUAGCUGUUGAACACCCUUCAAUAAUGAUCCGAGUAAGCAGAUUAGUAGCAAGGAAGCUGCUACAACAGCAGCGCGGAGCCCAGUCACCAGAAUCUAUGAAGAACGUCAAAAACUACAAGUAUGAUUUCAAUCUGCUUAUACCACCUACUGAGACAACGAAGGGUUCCGUGAUCAAUUCAAAUGGGGGCGAUCAAACCCCAAUAGAUGGAAGCAGUAGACACAGCUACCGCACUCUCUCCAUCUUACCAAUUACUCAAGGCCUCCCUGUGGGAGACUUCGCAUCAAAACUGGUAAGCGCUCUCAAGCAGGUGGGCAUGUCAACUAUUGGACUUAACCAAUCAGCUACAUUGUCGCAUUUGGGACGCCAUGCCUUUGACGGUUUAUCCAAAUUAAAACAAUCAGGGUACUUUGCAGAGCUGGAAGAGCUUUACGAUACUGUUGUAUACAUUGCUGACACACCUUUGAGUUCAACCUGGACAACGACGUGCAUAAACCAAGGCGAUUGUAUUUUACUGCUUGCUGAUUCAGCGAUGUCACCAAACGUUGGUGAGUUUGAGCGUCUAAUCCUAAAAUCCAAGUCAAAUGCCAGGAUAGAAUUGAUACUAUUACAUUCUGAAAGAUACGUGGAACCAGGGCUUACCCACAAGUGGCUCAAAAACCGAAUGUGGGUCCAUUCACAUCACCAUGUUCAAUUUGCGAAUUCAAAGUACAUCAGAGAUCAAAAAUCCUCGACAGAGUCUAUACCAAGUUCCUUGAAUUUUAUCGAAAGUCUGAAAAAGAGGGAACGCUUCAACGCUAUUACGAAGCAAACCCAAGAAAACAUUUCUCGAUUACUACCUGACUCUCUAAAAAAUACGGUCGAAAACCUUUCCUCCAAGUACAUCAAUAAGAAGCAGCGGUACUACACACCGGUUCACCCCCACAAAAAUGAUUUUCUAAGGUUAGCUCGAAUUUUGUCAGGCAAAGCCAUCGGCCUUGUGUUAGGAGGCGGUGGAGCUCGAGGCAUCAGUCACCUUGGUGUGUUGAGAGCUAUCGAGGAGCAUGGCAUCCCGAUUGACAUGAUUGGAGGGACGUCAAUUGGUGCGUUUGUGGGUGGGCUUUACGCGAAGGAGUGCGAUAUAGUUCCCAUUUACGGGCGGAUGAAAAAAUUCGCUGGUCGUGUGGGGUCCGUCUGGAGGCUGUUGACCGAUUUGACAUGGCCAGUCACUUCAUACACCACUGGCCACGAGUUUAAUCGGGGAAUUUGGAAGACGUUUGGCGACGUGCGCAUUGAAGAUUUCUGGAUUCAGUUUUAUUGUAACUCCACCAAUAUCACUGAAUCCAUACAAGAAAUUCACUCCACAGGGUAUGCAUGGAGGUACAUUCGAGCCUCAAUGUCGUUAGCAGGACUUUUGCCGCCAAUCGAGGACAAUGGAUCAAUGCUCUUGGAUGGCGGGUAUGUGGAUAAUUUGCCAGUAUGGGAAAUGAAGGCCCGCGGCUGCAACACAAUUUUCGCUAUAGAUGUUGGGUCUGUGGACGAUAGGACUCCAAUGAGAUAUGGCGACUCUUUGAAUGGAUUUUGGAUUGUGUUCAACAGAUGGAAUCCGUUCUCGGAGUAUCCUAAUAUUCCAAACAUGGCAGAAAUUCAAAUGCGGCUGGGGUACGUGGCAUCUGUAAAUGCUUUAGAAAAGGCUAAAAACACGCCAGGGGUCAUCUACGCCAGACCUCCUAUAGAGGACUACGCGACGCUAGAUUUUGCCAAGUUUGAAGAAAUCUACCAGGUUGGAACUGCAUACGGCCACGACUUUUUCCAAGAACUGGAGAACCAAAACAAGAUGCCCAAGAUUCCAGGGUCAGAAUCUUGUGCAGACGACCCAGAGUUUGGACAAGCCAUGCUGAAUAGGCGCAAUAGUGUCUAA